AUGGUAUGUGAAGAAGAAAGUAAUUAUCCGGAAAAUCCUAAUAUAAUUUUAAAAGAUGUUUCUCAAACAUAUAAGUAUCUCAUAAUUAAAGAAGGUGUAUAUCCACCAAAACAUAAACUUAAAUAUACUCGACAUCCUGCAAAACAUCCUAUACCACAUAAUUAUAUUGUUCGAACUAUGUAUUCAAAAAAAAAUUAUGUUGUUGAGUGCUCGGUAUAUUAUGUUGAUAAUAAACCAUUAUAUCAAAUACAUUUUGGAAAGUAUUUAGAAAAAUUUGUAGAGUCAGAUAGGUCGACUUCUCAUGCUGCACAUUUAUAUUGUAAGGCAUUGUCUGAAGACAUUCCAAAUAAAAGUAAGCUCUCCGGACCUCUUCUUUUUGGCUUACGAUGUAAAAGUGUAGAGGCUGUUCACAAGACAAUACCGUCAAAUGAGUUUUUACAAGAAUCCAUAGAAGAAGAAAAAGAGAAUUUUUUUCAUCCAAAUGAUAACAUUGUUCUUAAGCAGGUCAAAUUUGAAAUUAACGAUUGUGCAUAUAAUAUCAAUUAUGGAAAGAUUGAUAAACAAUUAGUCGAACUACAAACCCAAGCUAUUGUAAAGUCAAUUGAUCGUGGUCAAAUUUCUCAAGAGGCGUAUAGAUCUUUGGCUAGAAUCGAUGAAUCACUAAUUAGAGCUGGAGCAGUUUAUGAUAUGAGGCAAGAAAUCACACGUAGAGUAAAUGAAAAAAUUCCCAUUAGUUUAGUUGAUAUUGACCAACCAACCAUUUUUGAGCCAAUUACUGAAGAGCCUGAUAUUACUGAUCCAACCAUAGUUUUUAAUGUCGUUACAACUAUCGGAAAAGGUGGACACCGACGAAUUACUGAUAUACUUAAUUACAUAAUUCCGUUGUAUGUUCAAAAAGAGGAGGAUCCUGACCGGAUGGAGUAUCAGAAGCGUUCAAACAAGCCUAAAUCAAAUUCUUCCUUCAGGCUUGGUAACAAAGGGUUGAAGUUUUGGAGUA